GUCUCUCCACCCGUGCCCCUCUUCCUCCAUCUCCUCCCUCUCCUGUCCUCCACCCUCGCCCCGUGAGCUUUUGUUCAGCUGCACUUGACCGAACACGCUCACUCUGCUCGGCAGUCUCGCCACACCCCCCUCCCUCCCCCAGUUGUCCAACAAACCAGAGAGCCAACUCUGAUCUCUCUCUCUCUCAUCUCUCGUCUCGCUAGCUCACUCUUCUCACGCGCGCAAGCAAGACAACCCCAAGCAGCGACCAUGGAGGCCAUCAAGAAGAAGAUGCAGAUGCUGAAGCUGGAUAAGGAGAAUGCCAUCGAGAGGGCCGAGCAGGCUGAGGCAGACAAGAAAGCGGCGGAGGAGAAAGCUCGCCAGAUGGAGGAUGAGUUGCUGGGUCUGCACAAGAAACUCAAAGGUACAGAGGAUGAGCUGGACAAGUACUCAGAGGCGCUCAAGGAUGCCCAGGAAAAGCUGGAAGUGGCCGAGAAGAAGGCUGCAGAUGCUGAAGCUGAUGUGGCCUCCCUCAACAGACGCAUCCAGCUCGUAGAGGAGGAGCUGGACAGGGCUCAGGAGCGUUUGGCCACAGCCCUGCAGAAGCUUGAGGAGGCCACCAAGGCUGCGGAUGAGAGUGAGAGAGGCAUGAAAGUUAUUGAGAACCGGGCCCUCAAGGAUGAAGAAAAGAUGGAGUUGCAGGAGAUCCAGCUGAAAGAGGCCAAGCACAUCGCUGAAGAGGCUGAUCGCAAGUAUGAAGAGGUGGCCCGUAAGUUGGUCAUCAUUGAGGGGGAGCUGGAGAGGACAGAAGAGCGUGCAGAGGUGGGAGAAACCCGAGUUCGGCAGCUGGAAGAAGAGCUGCGAGUCAUGGACCAAAACAUGAAAUCUCUGCUGGUUGCAGAGGAGCAGUAUUCACAAAAAGAAGACAAGUAUGAGGAAGAGAUAAAAAUUCUCACCGACAAGCUGAAGGAGGCUGAGACACGUGCUGAGUUUGCGGAGAGAUCAGUGGCCAAGCUGGAAAAGACCAUCGAUGAUUUGGAAGACGGGCUCUCCAAGGCCAAGGAGGAGAACGUGGGCAUUCACCAAGUGCUGGACCAAACCCUGCUGGAGCUCAACAACAUGUGAAGAGCCCCCACGUAACGUGACCCAAGCGACGUCUCCUCACCCCCCCCACCCCAACCUGCGCAGCCCGACGUCGCAAACGCAAAACAAAAACCGCUGCCCAGCACCCGUUAACAAAGACCACGCAGUUGGUUGUGGACCAAUCCUAAUACGAGCUCCACAUUGGCCAACAAUUGAGACAUUCCACACAUGCACACGUAAAAAAGAGUCCCGCGUCUUAAAGAUGGAACUCUUCCACUUUGCACAGGGAGUGCCUGCGUCUUUGCUGUUGCCUCACUUCUGGCGAUUGUUGGUCUAAGCGAUUCUUUCUGUCUCUACUCUCUCCGAUGUGUGUGUUGGCUUGUACCGCGUGAAUUCAGUUCUUGUAGAAGCUCCCAAGAACGUGGGGUGUGAAAUGUUAGACACCGUUCCGAACACCAUGAGGUACAAUCUGAAAAAAAACACAUGGGGGAGCUAUAACAGUGCACACUUACUCAGUGAAAAAAAACAUUGUUAUACAAAAAGUCAAAGUGUAUUCGCGCUCAAACGAGCAUUGGGAUGACAACUCAUUUUGUUGAUGGCCCAGAGGCAGCAUGGGAAAUUCUGCAUUUCCAUGAUGGGGCAAAUUGCUCCAUAAAAUUACCACUGUUGACUGCCUACAAAGUAGUCAUUAUUUUUCGAUUUAAAGCUUUCGUGACUGCAGGGAUUCAUAUUCUUGGUUCUUUCGGUUAAGUCACGUAGAAGGGAAAUAAUACAAUAAUACAAAUAAAACAAUACAAUUCUCACGACGUUUCGAUUGCAACACAAGCAAUCAUCAUCAGGUGUGAAAACCACAGCUAGUCAUUAUUUUGCCAACCUUAAGGAGGCCCAAAAAAUGGGAUAUGAACUUCCAAUCGAGUGAUCUAACUACAGCACCGCCUCGCUGGUCGUUUAUGCCAUCCAUGGUUAAUGUUGCCCGAUAUGCUUUUGUCUUUAGACUGCAAAAUUAAAUCACCACUAUCACCACUGAGAGAGAAUGUAACUUGUGGACCUCAAGUAAUCAUUUACAAAGCAUUGUGCCAGGGCUGUGAAACGUGAUUUUGUGCACACGUAUGCGUCUUUCGAAGUGUAAACGUGUUCGCAGAGAUUGCGUCAUUUGUUGAAUAGAUAUAAUCGAAAGAACCGAUCGAUUUUAUUUCACAUAACUCCUUGUGCGCACUGACCAAGAUGGCCUUAAUUUUGACCAAAAAUGUACGUACCUUGGUAGACGGUAUUCCUAAUAAAAUGUGGCACCCAUUCGUCCAUCGUCUAAGUCUGCCUCUUAUCGUCUUAGCUCGUCCCCGCUGUAGAAGGCUAAUGUUCGUCAUUGGCUUUCAAGUGCCAGUCCUUGUGCCUCCUCGCAUCGACUUACCGUGACUGUUAUUGUGGUGUGGGCAGGAGGUGAGGUUGAUAUUGUCUUACUGGUUAAAUGAAGCUACCUUAACACAUUUGGCAUUUAUACGUGAUUCUGAAAACAAGGCUGUAUACUCGAUUUGAAAGCUGUGCAAUUUAAAAUAAAGUUCUUAAAUAAGUGAAGAUAUGACCAUU